AUGGCUGCAGUGCCCGAUUACCCCGACUACGAUCGCGGUCCGCACCUGGCCGCAGUCUAUAUCGCAGGAUGUCUGGUGUCGCUCGUCUUCGUAGGCUCGAGGCUGACAGCACGCUUCAGUAUUGCCGGUGUGGGUAUUGACGAUUGGUGUAUGCUGAUCACUUGGAUGGUCUUCGUGCCGCUUACUGUUAUUGUAUCUAUGUUUUGCUUCGAUGGUGGCACCCGACAUCUCGCCUACCUCUCAGGAGAUCCGGAGCAUACGAUAUAUCUCAUCAAGCUCAACUGGAUCGCCCAACCACUUGCUAUAUUUUGUCUUGGCUCGGGCAAAAUCGCUAUCGCCUUCUUAAUUCUUCGUCUCCUUAAUCGCGCGUCCGUCUUUCGCAAAUGGAGUUUAUACGUUGCUGUCGUAUGGACAGCCAUCAACACCAUCCUGAUGAUAUUGUUUACUUUCAUCCAAUGCGAAGACGCAGCUGCUCUGUGGGAUGAAUCUCUCAAAGAGAAGACGAAAUGCUGGGAUCCAAGGGUGCAGAGCAGUUUCUCGAUCUACGGCGCCGCAGUCCACUCUUUGACUGACUUCUAUCUUGCUGCGAUCCCCGUAACGCUUGUAUGGGGCUUGAAGACCGAUCUCAAGAAGCGUCUUGCGCUGUGUGCGCUACUCGGCUGCGGUAGCAUAACUGGCAUCUGCGCUGCGAUCAAGGCGAGUAAACUCAGCACGCUCACUGCAAGGUCCGACAUCACCUGGGAAACAUUCCAACUGUUCCUCUGGACUGGUAUCGAAAUCAUCCUGCUCAUUGUCUGUGGCUCUAUACCUGCUCUGAAGCCUAUAUACGCGCUCUGCAUGGGUCGCAAACCGGGGUCCUACCGAUCCAGCCGACACAUAACAAAUGCCAGCAAGAGGUCGGGAAUGGGCAUUACUCUUAACAGGCGCCAUGAGGGCGGGGAGUCAGUGGCGAAUCUGGCCCGGACGCAGCAGUCUGCGACGGUCGUCAGUAGGAUAUCGGAAGACGAGAUCCAACUUAAUGGAGAGUAUGAGAAACCACCGCACGGAGGGAUACAUGUAACAAGAACAGUCGUUAUUGAAUGA